GUCGCCUCUGGGCUCGACCACAUCCCAUCACAACCAAUAAUCUUUCUUGAUCCAAUGUCUCAAACAGUCACCCUGACAAAGGCUGUAAAGCCGAUAAGUUACGAUAUCAAUAUCCCUUACGUCAGUGUCUCUGAUGAUACAAAAAAGAAUGUCAAAUAUUCUCACUACCUGCCCACCUGGGACAAGGUCUGGUUUGACCCGCUGCCUUCAUUCGAGUACCAGGACCCCGCUCUCCGGGUAAAAGACAAGUCUAAGCCGAAUUUGUUGUCCUCUACUGCCAAAGUGUCACAUAUCCAGCCUUGCAUUGGUAGCAUUGUCGAGGGCGUGCAAUUGAACAAGCUCUCCGACGCGGCUAAGGAUGAACUUGCAUUGCUUAUCGCCGAACGCAAGGUUGUUGCCUUUCCCGAUCAGGAUCUCAUCGAUGCUGGACCGGAAGAGCAGUAUUCCUUUAUGCGAUAUUUCGGCAAGCCGAAUUAUCAGCCUAUUUCAGGGUCGAUGAAGGGGUAUCCAGGUUUCCAUAUCAUUCACCGUGACGGAAAUGUGGAUGAGAUCAACCGUUUCUUGGAGCAACGCACUACCACGACGUUAUGGCAUCAGGAUGUCAGCUAUGAAAUCCAGCCCCCUGCCUAUGUCAUGUUGGGAUUACUUCAGGGCCCCGAAGUCGGUGGAGACACGGUCUUUGCCGCUACAGACGCUGCGUACAAGAGACUAUCUCCCACUUUCCAAUCCUUCAUCGACAAUCUCAAAGCCGUCCAUACAUCCGCUAAAAUGAUCGCCCACGCCAGAUUAACUGGUAGCUUAGUGCGCAAGGAUCCCGUGGAGAACGUCCACCCUUUGGUCCGCGUGCACCCCGUAACAGGCGAAAGAUGUCUCUUUAUCAACGGCGAAUUCAUCACCAGGGUCGAGGGUCUAAAAGAACCCGAGUUUAGAGUUUUGCAAGAUUUCCUCAUGCAACAUCUCAUCACGGGCCAUGAUUUCCAAGCCCGCGUGCGAUGGCAACCUCGUACUAUAGUCAUGUUUGAUAAUCGAUCGACAAUACAUUCCGCUAUUGUGGACUACAUCGAUGAAGAAACAGGCGCGAAACCGCGCCAUAUAUUCCGACUCUGCGCUCUGGGCGAACAACCUAUCCCUGUGAAUCAAAAUACCACACCAUCAAACUAAUUUUGGAGCAGGACGAAAAAUGCUGACACGAUAUAUAACGAACACUAACUUGGAAUUUUAAUCUCGCUAAUUGAUAGACUCCUUAAGCUCGGCGUUCGGUUCUGUUUACUGAUAUUUCUGUUACGUUUUAUCUCUUCCGGGGUUCUGGAUUUUUUUCAUACUUUUUUGAUAGACUGGAUGGAUAUUUAGAUUUUUUGACUUUUUUUUGCCAUUUGUCUUCUGGGUUUACUUUGUGAUCAUGAAAAGUGUCAUGUUUCGUUUUGGCUGUGAUAAGAAAAGUAUAAUCUGUUCACAUCAAGCUGAUGUAUGAGGAUGUCUCUUCAGAAGGUCUUUAAUGUGUACUGAGUUGAAUUGUCUUUGCGACUUGGUUAGGAAUUGAUGAAUGGAUAUCCUAUCAAUGAG